CGGAAACGGUUGGAGUGAGGCUUCUCACCAAGACGCUGUCAAACUAUCUCUGUAGCGAGCUGUAAACAGGGGCGCAAGUUACUCAGGAGCGUCGCUUUAAACCGGCUGUUUUAGCCUUCUAUCGACAUUAACACCGCUCAACGUUGAAACAAAAUGGAGGACGACACACUGACGACGCUGAAAAUAUUGAUAAUAGGAGAAAGCGGUGUUGGGAAGUCCAGCCUCCUCCUGAGAUUCACAGAUGACACAUUUGACCCAGAGCAAGCAGCAACAAUAGGUGUCGACUUCAAAGUGAAGACCAUCACCGUGGACGGGAACAAGGCAAAGCUGGCGAUAUGGGACACUGCAGGACAGGAGCGCUUCCGAACCCUGACGCCUAGUUACUACCGCGGUGCUCAGGGAGUCAUCCUGGUGUACGAUGUCACACGACGGGAAACCUUUGCCAAGCUCGACAACUGGCUCAACGAGCUCGAGACGUACUGCACGAGGAACGACCUGGUGAAAAUGCUCGUGGGGAAUAAAAUCGAUAAGGAAAACCACGAGCUAGACAGGGCCGAAGGGCUGAAGUUUGCAAGAAAACAUUCCAUGCUUUUUAUAGAGGCGAGUGCUAAAACCAGGGACGGUGUUCAGUGUGCGUUUGAGGAGCUGGUGGAGAAGAUCAUCCAGACGCCCGGCUUAUGGCAGAGCGAGAACCACGGCCGAGGAGUCCAGCUCACCGACGAAGACGCGGGAGGCGGAAGCUGCGGCGGCUACUGCUCCCUGGUCUAGACGACACACACAUACACAAAUACAUUCACACACACACACGUGUUCAAACAUACAUGUGAGUACCACACACAGUGCCACACAAGCAUACGAACAAACACACUUGAAAGAACAGCCCGCCCCUUUCCCACUGUGUGCUGUCCUGAGC